AUGGCAAGUACCGCUGCUGCGCCCGAUCACGUGAAGCCGCCUCCGGCCGUGACUGAAACCCAACAACCCCUCGGCUCGGGGUCUGGCAGCACGGGUGAGAUGGGGCACGGGAAGCGCCCACACCAGGUCGAACACGCGGGUCGUUCCGCCCGUCGCCGACCGAACGUGGAAGGUGGGGUAUCGCAGACCUUCGCCGUACCCAAGCUCUUCAUCCGUAGGCCUCCUCCUUCUCGCAGCUUGGCUACAGCGCUGACGACCCUGGCGGCGGCGGCGGCGGAUUCUUUUAGAGCGGAAGCGGACCCCAGCCCGCCAUCGUCGGUCCUCAGCAGCGGCAACGGGGGCGUGGUGGGCGACGACGCUGCCCACCAGCUGGUGCCAGAGCCAGAAAGAACGGUCAUCAUCGACCUCGAGCUCGACCCUUCUUCUCAGCCAGAUUCAGCGCCGACGGAUCAUCCGGUGUCCGCGGCGGAGUCCAGCAGCCAGGCGGGCACCCCGGUUAACGUGGACGACGCUGCCCACCACCACCAUCAUCAUCAUGUGUUCACGUCAGCAUUCGGUGCGAAGAAGCAGCGUCGCUACGCUGUCGACAAAGCCCUGCAGCUGCAGGUGGCGGCUACACAAGCCUUCUUGGACGCGAUCGCCAAGGAAGCUGAGCGGGCCGACGCGGCGGAGCAGCUGGCUGGCGAGAUGGCUCAGCGGGCAGCCAUGGCGGAGCAGCGGGCCCACCGCCUGGCGAGCGACAUAGACCGCUGUCGCUCCGAAGCCCAGCGCAUGGCGGAUGAGCUCCAAAAGGCCGUGCACGAAGUCGAGGGCUGCGCAGGAAUCCGAGCACUUCAGGUUCAAUACGGAGAACCAAAGCUUGACCGGCCGGGGAGCUCGAAAAGGCCCGGGAAGAGAGCUUGA